AUGCCAAGGGAUAAAUCGCCGCGGACGCGGUCACGAGCCCCUACUAUCACGCUCGAUACAUCAGCCGUCAACGAACAAGGAGAAGAAAUUCACAACACUUCGUCAACACCGUCCUCAGAUAACGGCGAUGAGGUCAACAAUACGUUGUUGGUGCCGACGAGAAAGUCACGCUCCCAGUCGUGGGACUCCAACAACACGACAUUGGCCAAAUCCAAAACCAACGAGGGGGCUGACAAGGGUUCCCCAACCAUCCAGCAUUCAGGCUUCCCCAAGGGCUAUGGCGGUGACCCCGACGACGCUCUCGCACCGAACCCCGGCGAAGAAGCUUCUUUCCGCGUCGACAACAAUCCGUUUGCCUUUACGCCUGGCCAAGUUUCAAAGCUUAUCAACCCCAAGAGCCUCGAUGCUUUUGUCGCCGUCGGUGGCUUGGUAGGCUUGGAAAAGGGUCUGCGUACCGACCGGCGCGCCGGUCUGAGUCUCGAUGAAUCAAAGCUCGACGGCGCAGUCAGCUUCGAAGAGGCCGUCGCCGCCGGCAAGAAGCUGCCCUCGUCUUCAGAGGCGGUUCCGACAGAUGCCCUGCAGCAGGAGGUGGACCAACAUGCAGGGGGCAGCGGCAAGGGAUUCGACGACCGGAAGAGGGUGUUUGGCCAAAACCUCUUGCCCGAGAGGAAGUCGCUGUCGCUUCUGCAGCUCGCCUGGAUUGCUAUGAAGGACAAGGUUCUGAUCUUGUUGAGCGUGGCAGCCGUCGUCUCCCUGGCUUUGGGAUUGUACCAGACCUUCGGCGCGACACAUCAUGGGGACGAAACGGCCAGGCUUGAAUGGGUUGAGGGCGUGGCCAUCAUUGUCGCCAUCACCAUCGUCGUGGUCGUUGGUUCCCUCAACGAUUGGCAAAAGGAACGCCAGUUCCGCAAACUCAACCAGAAGAAGGAGGACCGCGUCGUCAAGGUCAUUCGAUCCGGAAAGCCUGCCAAUCUCUCGGUGCACGAAGUCCUGGUCGGAGACGUCAUGCUCUUGGAACAGGGAGACAUCAUUCCCGUGGACGGCGUUUUCAUCGACGGCCACAACGUCAGCUGCGACGAGUCGUCCGCCACCGGGGAGUCGGACCUUAUCAAGAAGGUGCCCGCGGAUGCAGUCAUGAAGUCGCUGUACGAGGAGGAAGCGAACCCUAAGAAGCUGGACCCAUUCAUCAUUUCUGGAGCAAGAGUCCUGGACGGCGUUGGUACAUUCUUGGUCACUGCCGUUGGACAGAACUCUAGCCACGGCAAGACCAUGAUGUCCCUCCGUGACGACCCUGGGAUGACUCCUCUGCAGCUCAAGCUAAACAUUCUUGCGGGUUACAUUGCAAAGCUCGGCAGCGCUGCCGGUCUGCUGCUUCUCGGCGUCCUAACAAUCGAGUUUCUGGCCCAUCUCCCCCAGAAUAAUGACAGCCCGGACGAAAAGGGUCAACGGUUCUUGCAGAUUCUCAUCACCUCGAUCACCAUCAUCGUCGUUGCAGUUCCCGAAGGUUUGCCCUUGGCCGUCACGCUGGCUCUGGCUUACGCCACCAAGCGAAUGACGAAGGAGAACAACCUCGUUCGCCAUUUGCAAUCUUGCGAGACUAUGGGCAAUGCCACCGUCAUUUGCUCUGACAAGACUGGUACUCUCACGGAGAACGUCAUGACUGUCGUCGCCGGAACUCUGGGUACAGGCAAGUUCCGUUUCGCCGCCGGCGACGAUCGUGCCGAUGCCAGCGAGGACGAAGUCCAAGUGCAUGUCACCGGAGGAGAUCAGAAGACGAAGAGCGCGCCCGUCAGCGAAGUCACCAUGUCGAAGCUCUCAUCAGCCCUCGACGACGGGUUCAGAGACCUUAUCAAGCAGUCCGUGGCCAUGAAUACCACUGCAUUUGAAACGGAAGAGAACGGCAAGCAGGUUUUCGUAGGAACCAAGACCGAAACUGCGCUGCUCGACUGGGCCCGCAAGUGCUUCGCCCUCCAACCGAUUGCCAUCGAACGCGAGAAUUGCCCUGUUGAGCAGCUAUUCCCUUUCAACUCGAAGCGAAAGGCCAUGGGUGCUGUCGUGCGUCUGCCCAACAAGAAGUACCGCUUCUUCGUCAAGGGUGCUCCCGAAAUCCUUCUGGGGCAGUGCUCCCACGCCGUCAUCGACCCGACUAAGCCCUCCAGCACCACAUCGAUGGCUGCGGAACAGCAGGAUGCUAUCCGACAGAUCAUCACCGACUACGCCCGCCGAUCCCUCCGCACGAUUGCCCUCGCCUACCGCGACUUUGAACAAUGGCCGCCAGAGCAUGCUCGCAAGGAGGAAGGUUCUGAAAACGUCGAGUUCUCGAGCAUCUUCAAGAACCUCAAAUGGUUGGGUGUUGUGGGCAUUCAGGAUCCCGUCCGAGCCGGUGUCCCCAAGGCUGUGGAGGACUGUCGCACCGCUUCCGUGUCUGUAAAGAUGGUCACGGGUGACAAUGUAGAGACCGCGAGAGCCAUUGCAAGGGACUGUGGCAUCUUGACAGAGAAGGGCAAGGUCAUGGAGGGUAUCGAAUUCCGCCGUAUGGAUGAUCGUGAGCGGGUCGCCGUUGUCCGGGAGCUCUGUGUGUUGGCUCGCUCCAGCCCCGAGGACAAGAGAAUCUUGGUCAAGGCUCUGAGAAGCUUGGGCGAAGUUGUCGCGGUCACCGGAGACGGAACAAAUGACGCACCUGCUCUCAAGUCUGCCGACGUUGGCUUCUCCAUGGGGAUCACCGGAACGGAAGUCGCCAAGGAGGCUUCCGACAUUAUCUUGAUGGACGACAACUUCUCGUCCAUCGUCAAGGCCAUGGCCUGGGGCCGCGCCAUCAACGACGCCGUCAAGAAGUUCCUGCAGUUCCAGAUCACCGUCAACAUCACCGCCGUCGUCUUGACUUUUGUCACCGCUGUGGGGAGCGAAUCCCAGGCGCCCGUCUUAAAUGCUGUCCAACUGCUUUGGGUCAAUCUUAUCAUGGAUACAUUCGCCGCCCUCGCGCUUGCGACCGACCCUCCUACCGAGAGCAUGCUUCACCGAAAGCCCGAGGCCAAGACGGCUGCUCUGAUCAGCACACCCAUGUGGAAGAUGAUUAUCGGCCAGUCCAUUUACCAACUCAUCGUCACCCUCAUCCUGCAUUUCGCUCGCCCGGCUGGUAUCAAUAACUACCCCGAGGCCCAGCGCAGGACGCUCGUCUUCAACGUCUUCGUCUUUAUGCAGAUCUUUAAGCUCAUCAACAGCAGACGCAUCGACAACAAACUUAACAUCUUUGAGGGAAUCACCAAGAACUCGCUCUUCGCCGUCAUGAUGGCCAUCAUGGCCGGCGGCCAGGUCCUCAUCGUCUUUGUUGGAGGUGCCGCUUUCAAGGUCGAGCCCCUCAACGGACCGCAGUGGGGAAUUUCCAUCGUCUUGGGUUUCCUUUCGGUCCCCGUCGGUGUGCUUAUCCGUCUCUUCCCCGAUGCUGCCUUUGAGGCUAUUGUUAGGCCUUUCGCUUGGUGCUGGUCCAAGAUCCCCAGAUGGCAUCGCAAGAAGAAGACGGAAGACGAGGAUGCCGAGGCCUUGGGUGGCGUCAAGGAUGCUCUGAUGGAGAUCAGAGACGACUUGGCGUUCCUGAAGCGCAUCAAGGGAGGACGAAUCAGCCAGAUCAGCGAGGUGAUCAUGAAGCCUCGCGAGUACCGCGAGAGAACGCGCAGCCGGAGCGGCUCCAGGUCUUCCAGCCGGCAUAACAACACGGCGAUGAAGGCCGCUCUAGGCAUGCCCGGUAUCUUGGCUGCCAGUGUCGGCGGGCUGUCACCCGUUGACCGACCGGUGUCGAACGAGAGCCGGCCAGCCGAGAGAGGAAACGAACUCGAUGUGCCGCCCCGGACUUGA